AAUCCACAGGAACAGAAUGCCCCGAGUGACGUGGAGAGUGGUCACUAUAGCAACACCCACCAGCUCGCUGGUCAGCACUGUCCCAAGGAAGACAACUCUGGCGGAUCGCCUGUCUACAGUGGAUCACCAGAACCAGGGGAGGUGGACGAUAGUAUCCCCUCUGACCAUGGCAGCUUGACCGAUUCCGAGGGGGAGGGACCCUCCCAAGGCAAUUCUAAGGAAGGGGAGGGAAGCCCGUACAAGGAUAUAGAAGAGCAGGAAGCUGUGAUGCAAGAGGCUCAAGCUGAUGUCCCAGUGGGUCAGGCUGAGGAUCAGGGGGCUACCGUUAGGGAACAGGAAGGAGUUGCCCCAGCCCUCUCCCGAAAUCAGAUGGAGCUACUUGAGCUGGAGAUGAGAGCUCGGGCCAUAAAGGCCAUGCUCAAAGCUCACGAAGUUCGAGAGAAACGUUUGGAGGAUGGCUGAACAUUUUCAUUAACCAUGUCACUGCAACAAGUGGGGACCAUGAAACAGGUGUGUCACUCUGCCUAGUGGGGACCACGAAACAGGUGUGUCACUCUGACUUGUGGGGACCACGAAAACAGGUGUGUCACCCUGACUUGUGGGGACCACGAAAACAGGUGUGUCACCUUGACUUGUGGGGACCACAGAAACAGGUGUGUCACUCUGACUUGUGGGGACCACGAAAACAGGUGUGUCACCCGGACUUGUGGGGACAACGAAAACAGGUGUGUCACCCUGACUUGUGGGUACCACGAAAACAGGUUUGUCACUCUGACUAGUGGGGACCACAAAAACAGGUGUGUCACUCUGACUUGUGGGGACCACAAAAACAGGUGUGUCACCCUGACUUGUGGGGACCACAAAAACAGGUGUGUCACUCUGCCUUGUGGGGACCACGAAAAUAGGUGUGUCACUCUGACUUGUGGGAACCACGAAAACAGGUGUCACUCUGAGUAGUGGCACCAAGACAGAUGUGUCAUAGACUCUAUAAGUACAUGUUGUACCUAAGAGUGGUGUUACUCUAAACUAGACAGGACUGGCUACCAAAUGGAGAAUUAUGUAUUAGUAUUAAAUGAAUACAUAUUUCACAAUUCAAUAUUUGAAACAGAGAAGAAUUAUUAUUUUUUGGCCAUGUUACAAUUAAGACUCACAAAUUAUAUAAACAUGACCAAAAGUAUUUUUUCCAUGUUUAUUCAUUACAAAUUUAUUUCAAGCCUUUACCAUCUGUAAUAGGGGGAAUACUAGGUCUUGAGAGGGUGGGCACCAAUUGUCACUACGUGUAGCGGGGGGGGG